AUGAAGUACUUAUACAGCAAAUAUUGGAUCUUGUUAACGCUUGGAAUAUUACUAUUACUAUCUAUCAAUGAAAGCAAUCAUUUCUGCCAAGCUGAUGAUAGGACCAUUACUGCCGGGGGCUUAACUACAACCAACCAUAAGGUAACACAAGAACAAGUUGCGUUCGAGUAUGGCAUCGACUAUUUUCAUGAAAGGCUAUUUCAAUUAUAUCAAUUAAAUUUGAGCGCAAUAUUGAAUAUUGUGGAUCGAAGUCAGUUUCUUAACGUCCAAAAUCCAGUUUGUGAUCAAGUUGCAAAUGGAGCUGUUGCAUUAUUUGGCCCACUAGUAAAGGAUGGAGUAGCAACAUCGAUAAUUGCCUUGUUAGCUAGCUCAUUGAAUAUUCCACGCUUUAGCAUUGAUGACAAAGAAAUCCACACAGACGAUACCACCUUCUAUAUGGCCCCUUCAGAACACAUGCUGGAUACAAUUGCCGUAGAUAUCGUUAAGCAGUUUAGUUGGCAUCAUUUCGACAUUUUAUUCGAUGGUAUUAAUGAUUUAUGGAAUAAAGCUGCGCUAAAUUUGUUUAAACAAUUUGCAAAUGCCAACUUAAGAGCUACAGUUGAUUUGAAAUAG